CUCCCGGAAGUAGAAGGGCCUGGCGUUACCAUGGCGGCGUCUCUGGGGCAGGUCCUUGCUCUGGUGCUGGUGGCCGCCCUGUGGGGUGGCACGCAGCCGCUGCUGAAGCGGGCCUCCGCCGGCCUGCAGCAAGUGCAUGAGCAGACGUGGGCCCGGCAGCUGCUGCAGGAGAUGAAGACUCUCUUCUUGAAUACUGAGUAUCUGAUGCCCUUUCUCCUCAACCAGAGUGGCUCCCUUCUCUACUACCUGACCUUGGCAUCAACAGAUCUGACUUUAGCUGUGCCCAUCUGUAACUCUCUGGCCAUGGUCUUCACACUGAUUGUGGGGAAGAUCCUUGGAGAAGAUGUUGGUGGAAAACAGGCAGUGGCUGGCAUGGUACUCGCCAUCACAGGGGUCAUGCUUUGCAUCACAAGCUCGGUGACCAAGACCCAAGGCCAACCCUGACCUUCAGUUCUGCUGUGUUCUGCUGUGUUCAGCAGACUCCAGGCACCGAGGUGCACCGGGGGAUACACCAGCUUGGCUCACUAAGCUUAGCCUCCUUAUUUCUCGGAUCACAUCUACCUCAGGGUCCAGAGUUCCACGACAGCCAAGGAAGGCUACAUGGAGAAACCCUGUCUCAAAAAACCAAAAAGAAAAGAAAAGAAAAAAAGAAAAAGGACCAAGGACCAGCUGUGGGAUGGUUUUGUAAUCUCUGGUGGGUUCAGCUGUUGAGAUUUAGCACUGGAGCCAGGAGUAGUGGCAUGUACCUUUAAUCCCAUCACUCAAAGGGCAGCUACACAGAGAAGCCUUGCAUGAGAGAGAAGAAGAGAUUUCACACUGGAGACUUUUAUACACACACCCCCAGCAGCCCUGCCCAGCAGCCUCUGCCCAGCAGCCGUCUGUUACUGGCCUACUGGCCUGCUCUAGUCCACAUAGCCUCAGCUGUGUGGAAAGGGCUGGCUGCAGUCUCUGAACUGCAGCUUCACAGCCUCAUUACUGGGCAUUACUCAGGGAGAGUGGUUACAUCAGAAUGGCAGAUGGAAGAAAAAUGAGCUCAACUUCCAGUUCCUCGAGUAAGGAGACAGCUGUGCCCGAGCAGCACCUCGCGGCCGCAAACACCUGGCCAGCAGCAGCUUUCAAUAA